ACCACCGGCAGUACACCAUAUUUUCUUUUACAGAAGAGAGAGAGAGAGAGAGAGAGAGAGUGCUUCUUCUUCUGCUUCUUUGUUCCAAUCUUAUCCUACCAAACACAAGCAACGUCGUCGUUUUUUCAUUCCCGGCGGACAGGAAUUCGGUGUCCGUAACCAGCUGCAUUUGGGCUCAUUGUGAAAGAAAUGUGCUGUUGAGAUCUGUGUGAUAUUGGAUCUUCUUCUUCUUCGUUGAUCAAUGGGCAGUGUUUCGUCCGAAGAUGGCUCUGACCAGCAGAGCGAGCGUUGCGGUAGUUACAGUUUGAGUGCGGAUGUGAGUGAGUCAGAGAGUUGCAGUAGUUUCUCUUGCCGGCGUUUCGAUGCUGAAGGUGCUUCUAGCUCUAUGACGUCAUCUCCCCAUCCGAUUGCCGGAAAUUUCUUCUUUCCGGCUCCGAUUAUGCUUCCAGUUAUUGGGGGAAAAGAUGUGGUGGCUUGGGAUGAUAAGCCUGAGAAACGUGAGGCUGAUUUAUCAGAUGUUGAGAUGAUGAAAGAGAGGUUUGCUAAGCUUCUACUUGGAGAAGAUAUGUCUGGAGGUGGGAAAGGUGUCUGCACUGCCCUCGCUAUUUCGAAUGCCAUUACCAAUCUUUCUGCUACUGUGUUUGGUGAACUGUGGAGGUUAGAGCCUCUAGCGCCGCAGAAGAAGGCUAUGUGGCGCAGAGAAAUGGAGUGGCUCUUAUGUGUGAGUGAUUCAAUUGUUGAGCUUGUACCGUCUAUACAACAGUUCCCAGGUGGAGGGACAUAUGAAGUCAUGGCGACAAGGCCGCGCUCUGACCUAUACAUUAAUUUACCCGCCCUAAAGAAGCUUGAUGCAAUGUUGCUUAGUAUGCUUGAUGGGUUUUGCAAUACCGAAUUCUCUUAUGUUGAUCGAGGUAUAAUUCUAGAUGAUUCUAAUGAUUGUGAUGCAUACACGUCUGGUGGAAGGCCUUCAAUUAGGCAAGAAGAAAAGUGGUGGCUGCCUUGUCCGAAAGUUCCCUCAAAUGGGUUGUCUGAGGAUUCCCGGAAGAGAUUGCAGCAGUGCAGGGACUGUACCAACCAGAUAUUAAAGGCAGCCAUGGCAAUUAAUAGUAGUGUGCUUUCUGAGAUGGAGAUACCCAAAGCUUACUUGGAGUCGUUACCCAAGAAUGGAAAAGCUUGUCUGGGUGAUAUCAUUUAUCGAUUCAUAACAGCGGACCAGUUCUCACCAGAAGGUCUUCUUGAUUGCCUGGACCUAUCAUCAGAACAUCGCACAUUGGAGAUAGCUAACAGGAUCGAGGCAGCUAUUCAUGUCUGGACGCAGAAAGACAACAGGAAAAAAACUACUAAAAAGAAAGCUAAGCAUUCGUCUUGGGGUGGGAAGGUGAAAGGUCUUGUGUCGGACACUGAGAAGAACCAUGUGCUGGCCCAGCGGGCAGAGACUGUCUUGCGUAUCCUGAUGCGUCGUUUUCCUGGCCUCCCUCAGACUGCAUUAGAUAUGAACAAAAUUCAAUAUAAUAAGGAUGUAGGGCAGUCUAUUCUUGAGAGCUACUCAAGGGUGAUGGAGAGUUUAGCCUUUAAUAUCAUGGCAAGGAUUGAUGAUGUCCUCUUUGUUGAUGAUGCUGCCAAGCGAUGUGCUGCCGCUGACUCCAUGUCUCUUUUCAACAGAGGAGGUCCAGGUGGUUUUCCUAUCCAGAAGAGAAUGUCUCCCAGUCCCUUCUCCAUUCAACACACUCCUUAUGCUUCUCCACUGGCAACCCCGACCUUCUGUUCAUCCCCACCAGUUGCAGGAAGUCCUGGAAGGACGCCUCUCCCUCUAAGGAGGAGCUUUGUCAAGGAUGCAUCGGAUCAAAAGUCGGAAAAAUUGGUUGCUGCUGAUUUCGAAAGGGUGUGGUCGUAUGCUGGGAACCUGAGUGCAAGAAGAAAUACCUGGGAUGCUCCUGAGCGAGACUAACUUGCCAACAUUACAUGAUAUUUAUCAGAAGAUAUUCACCAAUAUUACCAUCAAAAAGCACAGAGACGGUGGAGCCUCUGUGUUUGUGAUGUUGAUGAAAAUUGGUGGCUUUAGCAUUGUAUAUUCUUUAGCAAUAGAAAUAGGAUGGAUUAAAGUUUUGACUAUGGAUUUUUCAUCAGGUUGUAGAUGAAGAAAGAAUGUUAAUGCUAUGCUUUUAUUAUACUCCAA